CUGAGGCCGAAAGUGCAGGGCGGAAUGAGGAGCCCCAGCAUCUCAGAGCUGUCGGCCGUGGCCGGGAAGCAAAGCACAGGAGCGCUGUAGUGCCAGCGGCCGGGCUAGGGAUGACCGGCGGGUUUGCGCUGGACCCGACCCCGAGGGCGGUCAGGCGCAAGGGGGCGGGCUCUGCCGUACUCAGGCCGCGGGGCCAGGGCGGGCCGGCCGGCGGGGCAUUUAAACCCCGCUGACAGCCAGUCCAGCCCGGGACACGCGCCCAGCUCCGUAGCCUCCUCCGUCGACUCAGCCUUAGGUACCGGUCAGGCAAAAUGCGGUCCUCCCUGGCUCCGGGAGUCUGGUUCUUCCGGGCCUUCUCCAGGGACAGCUGGUUCCGAGGCCUCAUCCUGCUGCUGACCUUCCUAAUUUACGCCUGCUAUCACAUGUCCAGGAAGCCUAUCAGUAUCGUCAAGAGCCGUCUGCACCAGAACUGCUCGGAGCAGAUCAAACCCAUCAAUGACACUCACAGUCUCAACGACACCAUGUGGUGCAGCUGGGCCCCGUUUGACAAGGACAACUAUAAGGAGUUACUAGGGGGCGUGGACAAUGCCUUCCUCGUCGCGUAUGCCAUCGGCAUGUUCAUCAGUGGGGUUUUUGGGGAGCGGCUUCCGCUCCGUUACUACCUCUCCGCUGGAAUGCUGCUCAGUGGCCUUUUCACCUCGCUCUUUGGCCUGGGAUAUUUCUGGAACAUCCACGAGCUCUGGUACUUUGUGGUCAUCCAGGUCUGUAAUGGACUCGUCCAGACCACAGGCUGGCCCUCUGUGGUGACCUGCGUCGGCAACUGGUUCGGGAAGGGGAAGCGGGGGUUCAUCAUGGGCAUCUGGAAUUCCCACACAUCUGUGGGCAACAUCCUGGGCUCCCUGAUCGCCGGCAUCUGGGUGAACGGGCAGUGGGGCCUGUCGUUCAUCGUGCCUGGCAUCAUUACUGCCAUCAUGGGUGUCAUCACCUUCCUCUUCCUCAUCGAACACCCAGAAGAUGUGGACUGCACCCCUCCUCAGCACCACGGUGAGCCAGCUGAGAACCAGGACAACCCUGAGGACCCUGGGAACAGUCCCUGCUCUAUCAGGGAGAGCGGCCUUGAGACUGUGGCCAAAUGCUCCAAGGGGCCAUGCGAAGAGCCUGCUGCCAUCAGCUUCCUUGGGGCGCUCCGGAUCCCAGGUGUGGUCGAGUUCUCUCUGUGUCUGCUGUUUGCCAAGCUGGUCAGUUACACCUUCCUCUACUGGCUGCCCCUCUACAUCGCCAAUGUGGCUCACUUUAGUGCCAAGGAGGCUGGGGACCUGUCUACACUCUUCGAUGUUGGUGGCAUCAUAGGCGGCAUCAUGGCAGGGCUCAUCUCUGACUACACCAAUGGCAGGGCCACCACUUGCUGCGUCAUGCUCAUCUUGGCUGCCCCCAUGAUGUUCCUGUACAACUACAUUGGCCAGGACGGGAUUACCAGCUCCAUAGUGAUGCUGAUCAUCUGCGGGGGCCUGGUCAAUGGCCCAUACGCGCUCAUCACCACUGCUGUCUCUGCUGACCUGGGGACUCACAAGAGCCUGAAGGGCAAUGCCAAAGCCCUGUCCACGGUCACGGCCAUCAUCGACGGCACCGGCUCCAUAGGUGCGGCUCUGGGGCCUCUGCUGGCUGGGCUCAUCUCCCCCACGGGCUGGAACAAUGUCUUCUACAUGCUCAUCUCUGCCGAUGUCCUAGCCUGCUUGCUCCUUUGCCGGUUAGUGUACAAAGAGAUCUUGGCCUGGAAGGUGUCCCUAAGCAGAGGCAGCGGCUCUAGUAUGGUCCUAACCCACCAGCGAUAGUAUUUUCCUCAAGUCCCAUGACUUUUGUAUAAAGAAAUAUGAGGCCCCAACGGGAACAGCAGCAUGGAAGGCCCCAGUUGGGUCCCCAACGUGCUCCCCAUGGGCAAGACAAUAGAAACUUCCACAAGUAGGGGAGGCAAACCCUCUUUAUUGAACAUCAGCCAGCCCAGCCCAGACCCAGGGCUGCCUAAGGACACAGAGAUUCUCCAUGGGAAGGGGACUGCCAAGCAUGAAGAUAUAGAAGAUUCAGGGGCCUGAGCUCUGGAAGCUGCAAGCAAAAGGGAUGAGACUGGGGCUGAGUUGUGUCUCCAUUUUGAUAAGGGAAGGAUAUGCUCAGACUCUUGCUUGUUCAGAUUCCAAGACAGAAGGCUUCACAAGGCCAAGGCCUGGAAAAUGUGUGUCUCUCCUUCCCAUGUUAAAUUUUAACCUCUGUAAUCUGCCUGUAUUUAUAGGUGGGCAUCUCACUCCGUCAACAGAGCCCAGCCUCUCUUUGUCCCUCUAUCCAUGAAACAGUCUUCCCUGUGCAUUUCCCCAAGCUGGGCCCUCUUCUACCCUCCAUUUAGGCCUGUUGAUAACUCCAUUACCCGCCCAUCACUGCUGUUCCUCCAGGGCCAGCACUCGGGUGAGGCAGGGGAGCUGCCUUCGGUACAUAAUUUGAGGGGGCACUCCCUCUUGGGCACAUGCCGGCCCUGAGUGCCUCCCUUGCCUCACUCUGAUCCCGGCCCCGUAAUGUCCUCAGUGGAAGGUGACUGGGGACCGGUGCUGUGGGGAGAGUAGAAAGAGGGGUUGGCAUGACUAAAAAUACCAGUAUGUGUAUUAAGUAUUUUGAGAAUGAAAUGCCAAGGAGUGCCUACUGUAUGCCAGCUCUGCUCUAGGAAUGGAGUAGACAAUGGACACAAGAAGGACUUAUGCCCUGAGCACAGGUGCCAACGGUGACAAGACUGGCAAGACGUGAGGGCGUGAAUGGUUCAUUCAGGCAGCUGCUGCAGGUGUGGUCACCUGGUACCAUCUGCUGCUCCCUUUUCCACUUUUCUAUGCUCUCCUUCCACCCCAAGUCCCGGAUCACUCGCUGUCUUCUGGCUAGCGCUUGGCAUCUCCAUCUGAGCCUAAAGUUGCCCACUGGCACCAAUAGAUUCCCUUUGACCUGCUGCACCCAUGCUCAUCCUUGUUGGGGCUUGGCUUGGCAGUGAGCGGGGCUGGCAUGGGGUGCUGAAGUGGGGUCCCAGGAUCACCAAGUGGGUAGGUUAAAGCUGAUGACAGUGGGCAUUCCUGAAGAGGAUGCUCAUGAUACUGAUGAUGUGUGGGCAAACUGGGAGCUUAGAGCGCCAUACAAGAUAAAAGCCUUGCAUUUCCUGGGACGUUGUGGGCUGGUGCAUUAGCCAGAUACACACCCUUCCACACUGAAGCAGGCUGCACAGGCACCAAUGGCAACAAACAAGGAAGGCUCCUCCUGCCUGCAGUCACCUCAGCUCUGAGUGUUAAGAGUCAGCCAGGGACCUCCAAGUCCUCAGAGCCCACAGGGGCAAGAGCUAUACUCUGGCCUUAUGUUCAGCAUUCAGGAAAGCUGCUUGCUGCUGCUCUUUGACAUUGAGAAUGAAAUGAAAUUAGUUAUUCAUUUAACUUCACAUUUGGUCUCAAUUAAGCUCAAAAUGUUCUUCCUUAGAGAUGCUCCAAUAGCACUUAUAAUUAAGGAGUUUAAGGAGAAGCUGUGUUGCUUAUAUGAGCCACUAGAUGGUGACCCAAUCCCAUCAUACAGCCCAGGGUGGGCUGUUGUUCCAUCCUGCUUCCUGGCAGAGACAGGAGCAGGAGCCUCUUGACUUUUCAGACUUCCAGCUUGCUUUCUGCUUCAGAGGGCAGGGGAAGAGGAAUGGGUCUCUCGAGGUCUUCUCUUCCCCAGCUGCACUGCUUACUAACUUUAAGCCUGUUUCGUCAUCAGGAAAAUGGUGACAUUACCUACCUCAUAGGAUUAGUAUGAAGGGAGACACAUACUCAACACACUCCUGCCCUUGAAGAACUUGUCUAGUUAGGGGAUAAAUAGGAAAACACACGGAGACAGUGACUCCAGGUGAGAGCUAUGCUGUUCAUUAGUCCAGCCAUGCAGGAACACGGCUGGCAGAAGGGCGAUUCCGGGGCAACGGGAAGAGUCCUUCUUCCUUAUGAAGGCAGAAUUCUCAGGACUUGGAUGAUUCAUUUGAUAAGGUAGUGAGGGGUAGUGGAUGAGGGAGGAAGUUAACAUGAAUACUUAUCCAACUCCUAGGGUGUUAGGUCUUAGAGACUGAAAACUGAACAAAUGGCAUUGGCUCCUACCAGCAGGUAAGUGCGGCACUAGACACAUGCAAAAGGCAUUGUGGGAGCUCAGGGUCUGGCCUCAGAAAUGAGGACUUAGGCUGUGGGUAGGGAGUUGGAAAAAAUACUGAAGGCUGGGGGAACCCCAGCACUGAGAUCUGCCUGUCUGCACCCAUCUCCCAGGUCCCAGGUUCCUGGCCCUGUUUGGGCAGCUCUGGGCACAGCCUGUUCACCAGAGGCCUAGUACCUGCCUUCUCCCUGGGCCUCAGCACUCACUCACAUGGGGCUAAUGUAGGAGCAUUACGUUAAUUAGUUAUUCAUUUAAUUUAACUUCACAUUUGGUCUCAAUUAAGCUUAAAAUGUUCUUCCUUAUAGAUGCUACAAUAGCACUUGUAAUUAAAAAGUAAUAACUCUUUGUGUUUCUCCCUUAGAGAUCCACUGGGAGGCUGGGCGAGUGUGUGUGGGGUGGCUGGGGGAGGACGAGGAGGAGGCAAGAGGCAAAGAAAAGAACGGGAAAGAAGCUCUUGGUUGGUCCUAGCACCAUGAGGCCACCACUAAGACUGAGGCUGGCAGGAGGAACUCAACACAUUCUGGGUGUCUGAGUGGGGGUGGGAGAGUUGCUGUUGGGAAUCCUGAGAAGUGACAAAGGAGCAGACCUCCUACUGAAAGGUGUGGGGGUAGGGAAGAUGGCAGAUGGGGGUGGAAGGAGGCAAUGCUUAGGGGAGAAGGGGCCCUAUAUUCUGUGAUAGGUACAAUGUGCCCCCAUAAGAUGUCCACAUCCUAAUUUUCAGAACCAGUGAAUGUUACCUUACAUGGCAAAUGAGAUUUUGCAUAUGUGAUUAAGGAUCUUGAGAUAGAAAGACUGAUGGGGUGGACCCAGUGGAAUCACAGGGCUCCGGAUGAAUCACAGAGGGAGGCAGGAGUGUUGGGGAUUGGCAGAUGCUGCUCUGCUGACCUUGAAGACUGAGGAAGGGUCCACCAGCCAGGGGGAUAGGGGCGGCCUCUAGAAGGUGGAAAAGGCAAGGAAAUGGGUUCUCUCAAGGAUCCAAAGCCUUUCCUUUACCCCCUGAAACCCAUUUCUGGUUUCGCACCUCCGGAGCGAUAAAUGUGGAUUGUUCAAAACCAGUAAGUCUAUGGCAAUCUGUUACAACAGUAAUAGGAAAUUGAUAAUAUUCCCAGUGUAAAACUGGGGUAUGACCAAUUUAACGGCAGGAAAAUAACCACAGGCAAACAAAAGAAAUCCCCAAAGCUUAAAACAAGUGAAGGGGCUGGCCUCACAGCAUUUGGGCACAGCAUAAGGGCUACUGUGUGACCACCUCACCCAAGAGUUCUCCGAGGGCAGGACUUGGGCUAAAUGCACAGACUGUAUCAUCUCCAGCAUGAUGUGAUGUAAACCAUUAAAAACACACUUUCUCAUUC